GCGGGUACAGACCGAACUAUCUCCGACAAAAAUUUUGACAUUCCCGAGUGUAGCGAGAUAGAAAUAUGAUGACAAUUACUGUCAAAAGGUGAUAAUAUUAAAAAAACGACGUAAACAAACCACCAUCAAAAUUCAAUUUUUCAAAAGUUGACUUAAAAGUCGAAGCAAUUGUCGUGGAAAAUGUCUAGCCGUUUUGCACAAAUACUUAAACAUGCAAUUAUUACUUGCCACCCAAAUAAUGCCCAUUCAUUCAAAACGAAUUUCAACGAUCUCAAAAUACUAUUGGACUCGCUGACAAUAUCCGAUUUGGGACCAAAUUUGUCGUCACAUCUGUAUUCAAAGAAUUCUUUCGUUGAAACAAACAAGGCGCCGUGCACUUUCGUGAAUAUUUUCGAAAAUGAAAAUCUGGUGGUCAACAUUUUCAUCUUGAAGGAACGAUACACAAUGCCAAUCCAUGACCAUCCAAUGAUUCAUGGAAUUUUGAAAGGAAUGGCCGGAAAAUUGCUGGUGGAAAGUUAUACGGCAAGCAACAACGACGAGGCGACAUUGUCCGGUUCCGAUGAGUAUGGCACAAUAAUUAUGGCUACAAAGGAAACGCCAAUGGAACUGUCCGAAUACACGGACUGCGCUACACUAUCACCGAAUCAUUCCCAAUUCCAUCGAAUUACAUCACUCGAAGGACCGGCCGUAUUGUUCGACAUUUUAACGCCACCGUAUGAGGCUGACAUACCCGUGUAUGGUCCACGAAAUUGUUCGUACUAUAGACAGGUCGUGCUGUUCGACGAUGAACAAUUUCAACAUUUGGGAUUGGAGCAAAUACCACCGCCGAGUCAUUUCUAUUGUGAUACGGGGCACUAUAAAAUGCCUCAAUCUAUUUUGGAUGAAUUGAAUUCCAUGGAAAAGUCUUAAUUUUCUUCAAAGUAGACGCAAAUUUUGCCAAACCAAUAAUUUAUUCGAUAAAUAAAUAGUAUAAACAAACAAACA